AUACAUGUCUUCCAUGCUGUUUUUGUCAUAGCAACCCAGAGGAUGAGGUUCAUAAGGUAUCAACAGACUGUGUUGCUCUGGCAUGGAAAAUGAAACCAGAAGGAAGUGUGUUUAUUAAGCAAGACAAAUAUGGCUGGUUACAUCAUGUGGCAACAGUGGAGAGGAAAAACUCCCCUUUAGAAGAAGAAACCUCCAGCAGAACCAGAACCAGAACCUGCCUCAGUUCGAGUGGCAAGACAAACAGGCAAAAACAAACAGAUGAACUGAUGACUUUCUCUGGCUAUGAAAAAUAAAAAGUUAAUAACAGAAGAGGGAGACGUUCAAAAGAAUACAUUCAGGAUGCACUGUACAUGACUUACCUAAAAAUGAGCAACAAAUCAUUAAAACAUACAAAGUUUAGCCAGAAAGACGAACAUUACUCCCAAAAGAAGGUUUAUUUAUUUCAUUAGUUCCUGUGUGUGUCAGAGAAAAUAACGAGUGUUUCCCUUUCCUGUUUUUUUCCUGUGCGGUCUGAAGGCACACCUCUACUCUGAAGAAGACCCACCCUGAUCACCGGCCAGAAACUCAUCAGAGAUCUUUCUCUUGUUAGAGUGAAGCAGCAUGGCAUGUUUGCUAUCUUCAGUAAUCUAUGAAAACAAUGAAGAGAAAAUAUAAUUUCACAAUUUAACAUAAAAUCCAAACUACAGUUACACACGUGCUCCCACAGAGACCCAUGUUAUAGCAGUACUUGUUCUGGACGGAUCUUCUAAGAAGAGAAACAGCACAAACCAAAGGACCAUGUUACACAUAAAGGAAUACUUCACAGAGGGACUGAUUCAGAUGGCCAUCCUGUUGAGUCUCUGUAGAGUCAGGGUGGAUGUGGGACUGGAGGCGUUUAUGCCUCCAUCCUGGUGUGAGCUGAUUCUGGGUCCGUCCUCUGCGCUGACACACACAGAGAUCCUGAACCUCCGCAACCGGUACAGCCUGCACCCCAAGACGGUGGAUCUGGAUCAGUUCUUCACAGCGCGCAGGCUGUUGGGCUGGGUCCGCUCUCUGGACCGGAUACAGGUUCCUCAGGCAGAGCUGGAGACAUGGCUGGUCCAGCAGGAAGCAGGUCCUCUCUCUGGACGAUUUCCUGACCAGAACUCUCUGAUGGACAGAACACCGGGUCAGGUAGAGAGAGUCCAAAGUGAGCCAACGAUGGAACAAGGAGAAGUUCUGGAUGGUCUGGAGGACGGAGAGCAGAGAACUGAUGUUGACAGAAGUGAUGAAUCCUUCGACAUGCUCCCUGAAAAUCAGCCACUGGGCCUCGACCUGGAACUCCAGUGGCAGGAUCUAAUGGACAUCCUGGAGCCUGAGAACACAGAUGUUGAAAUGAUGACCUGUUCAAACCGCAGCCCUGACUCAAGAACACCUGCGACUGCACCAGGUGAUGGGUCUGAAGCUCCGCCCCCAUGUCCCAGCACCCGUCCUGGGACAGAGCCUCUCACAGGAACCUUCUGGCAGCAGGAUCUGUUUGGGACUGCUAACCAGCUGGAGCAGGAGCCAGUUCUGCUACCAUUGACUCCCAGUGAUGAACUGGAUGAGGACGGUUCAGUGAUCAACACAGGCUUCACUUUGGAGAACUCCAGGAUGGACUCCUGGACAAUUCCUUCAAACUACACUGACCUACUGGACGAAAAUCCUACAGAAGACACUGACGAAGGAAUGAAUGGUGGAGAUAACUUGGCAGCCUUCAGCAUGAACCUGCUGACUCGGGACAUUUCUCCAUUCAGCUCAGACUCUCCUUCAUACGAUCUGAAAACUCCUAGUGUCAGCCAAGCAUCCGGAGGGAAUGAUCUGGACCAGGACUUUGGACGAACAUCAUCCAGUUCCUUUGUGUUGGCUGAGGAAGAUGCAGACGGUUUUCCCAGCCACAUCAGUGACCUGUUGAAGGAUUUGAACAUCUUGGAAGACAUUCAGUUGUUGGCUGGAGAACUGGAGGAGGGAUUCAGUCCUGAGCUGGAAGCCAGAUCUGGAGAGGAAGAGCAGCUACACUGUGAUGGAGUCCAUCAGGUAGCUGACAGAAGAGGCAACUGGAUGGAAGAUCAGGAGCAGAGCAGCAGACUGGGAGAUGUCUGGGCGGAGGCGGAGGUGGAGACGGACUCAGACUCUGGCCUGUCUCUGGACUUCAUCCACAGCCCUUCUUCCUCCUCUUCUUCUAUUGUUUCUGAAGGCUCAGCGGACGAUUCUUCUUCAUCCUGUGCGUCGGCUGUAGGGAAUGUGUUUUCUGACGAGGUGGACAGCAGUGAUGAGGACGGCUCAGCUGGAUCUCAUUUAGAAGUGGAGGUGACUAUUAAGCAGGAGGAGGUGGAGGAGGACAUGGGAGCGGUUGGAGGACAUGGCGCACCACGGUUCCCUGCUAACCAUGAAGAUUCCAAACUAUUUCCAGGCUUUUCCUGGCUGGAACACAUCGACCAUGAUCACACCUACAACAACCCGCCCCUGUCCUCGCUGUCCUCUCCAGCUCCUGGGACGAUGUCCCCCAUACAGACUGAAUCAUCAGUGAGGGCCGGCAGAGCCAGGCCGUGCCGCCACUCCUCCUCCAGCCUGGCUCCAGAAACUAAAACCUGGAGCCGAGACAAGGAGCGAGCCCGGGCCCUCAGGAUCCCUUUCUCCUACCAGCUGAUUGUUAACCUGCCUGUAGAGGAGUUUAACCACCUGCUGAGUAGCGGCCAGCUCAGCCAGCAGCAGCUGACCCUCAUCAGGGACAUCCGGCGGCGUGGGAAGAACAAGAUAGCUGCUCAGAACUGCAGGAAGAGGAAACUAGACGUUCUGCUAGCGUUGGAGGAAGACUUGAAGGCCCUGAGACUCCAGCGCUCAGAGCUGCUGCAGGAGAAGCGGAACAGCCUUAGGCGCCUGCAGGACAUGAAGAGCAGAUUUGGGAGGUUGUACCAGGAAAUCUUCUGCCAGCUGGCGGAUGACAACGGCAGGCCGCUGGACGCCACUGAGUACACGCUUCGUUUUGGACCUGAUGAUACAGUUACUGUGGCGUCAGUCAGAGCCAGUCAAAGCAGAAAAAAACACAGAGGUGUGAAGAAGAGGAGGAGCUGAAUAAGAACUGAUCAGGUUGGAACCGGCAGGAUGAGCUUCCAACAAGGACCCGGCAAAGCAUGAAACACUGACCCUCCUGACCUCUGGAUGACCUCAACUGUACACAACAGAUGUAAACCAGGGCUUCUAAAAUUUUCCAUUUCAAAAUGUUAUGCUUUUCCAGACUCAGUUUCUUGUAACUUCUGUUGUUUUUAAACAACAUUGUAGAAACUUGAGUAUAAAACAUGUCGGUUUUCUCCUCCUGAAGGAACAGAGCUAAAUCUGGCUUCUGCUCAUUAAGGAGUAUUUUUACUGUUUUUGGUAUUUGGACAAACUAAGAUCAAUUCGAAUCGUUGGUACUUAGAAAAUCUGUGAACUGGAUUAUGCUUGAAUAGAUACAAAUCUGCUACAUCAGUUUUUAUCAAAUGAUAUCUCAAUGACUUGGGGUUAAAACAAAAUUAUUCAGACUGAAGAAUGAUGAUUCUGAUGUUCUGCAUGUGCAUCUUCGCUUCUUAGUGUAACGAUUUCAUACACAAGAAGAAGACAUGUUGCCUUAUGGAGAACAGAGAAUCCCAGCCUUGGCCGGAGCACCGGUCAUCUUCUGUUGAACAGAAGGGGGCGCUGGUCAGCAGGCAGCGGACCACAGGUGGACGUCACAGCGAAACAAAGAGAAGCUUUUCACCGGCACCAUUUUGUAAAGACACUAAAGGUGUAAAGUUCCCAGCGCAGCCUGGCGCCGCCCUGCUGCCUCACCUUCAGCACAAAGACUGAAACUAUUGAAGAUCGAAAAGGACUUGAAAUUUUGUAACUUUUGUUGUAUUAUACUUUUUUUCCAGGAUGUUGAUUUUACCUGUAUUAGUUCUAUGUAAAGAACAAUAAUGCAUUAAUGUAUUCAGAAGUGGUGGUUGGGUCUUUUCUGCAGUGAUCUGCAAGAAAAUCCUGUCAAGAAAAGAAAUGUGUAGAAAUGUGUUCAUACAAAGUCAGAAGUCAUUUGUGGUAAACAGAAAAUCCAAAUAUACUUUAUUAAGUAUAAUG